AUGGCAGCCAACUACUGGGAAUCCACGCAGCGCAAGCACUGGCAAUUCACGAAGGACGAGCUCGCUGCUUUGCGCCAGCGCCUCGACGAUGAAGACCCGGGACUCGUCCAGGUGUUUCCGCUCCCGCAGCUGCGCCAUCUUAAUAUCUACUUUAACCAACAAAUCAACCGGCUCGGCAAGCGCCUCAACAUCCGCCAGCAAGCCAUGGCCACGGCCCAAGUCUAUCUCAAGCGCUUCUACACCCGCACCCCGAUCCGACAGACCAACCCCUACCUCGUCAUCACGACCGCGCUGUACCUCGCCUGCAAGAUGGAAGAAUGCCCGCAACACAUCCGGUUACUUACGCAGGAAGCGAGAUCCCUGUGGCCAUCAGACCUACACGGACACGACGCGGCUCGCGUCGGCGAAUGCGAGUUCUCGCUCAUCUCGGAAAUGCAAUCCCAACUCAUCAUCCACCAACCCUACCGCUCUCUGCUCGCCGUCCAGGACCAGUUCGCCCUCACCCACGAGGAGAUGUCCCUCGCCUGGACAAUCAUCAAUGACCACUACAUGACCGACCUGCCGCUGUUGCACCCACCACACGUCGUGGCCUUCACAGCGGUGCUGCUAGCGCUUGUGCUCCGGCCAAGCCCGGGGAAUGCCGCUGCCGCCGCCGCCGCUGCAGCCGCUGCAGCAGCAGGGGGUGCUAGUGGUGGAAACACAGGCAGCGCCGGAGCGGUUGCUGCCGCGGCGAAUGGUUCCGGAAUCGCGAUGGCGGCAACGGCACUAGUCCAGGCGCAGGCCCAAGCCCAAGCCCGCGCCGCAGUCAUGGGUGGUAGUGCUGGGGCGGGAGCAACAUCGGGCUAUGGCUCCCAAGGGUCCCAGCAGAUGGGGUACUCCCAGGGGCAUUCGCAAGGACACUCACAGGGGGGCGCCUCGCAAUCACAGUCACAAGGCGACGUGCCCUUGGUCGAACCGAAGAAAGUGACCGACCCGCGGCUAGCCAAGGUCCAACGGUUCGCGGCCUGGCUGGCGGACAGUAACAUUGACGUGGAGGCCAUGGUCGACUGCACCCAGGAGCUUAUAUCGUUUUACGAGUGCCAGGAGCAGUACAACGAUAAGCAUACGCGGGAGCAGAUCAGCCGGUUUGUCAAGGCGCGGAGUCUGGAUAAGUGA